CCACUACGCCGAAAAAUCAGCUGCGGACUUUGUGAAAAUUUGUUUACUCCUCGGAAAAUUAACAUAUUUCGCCUGAUUGCCACCAUGAACGAAUUCAAAGUGCCCGCUCCACUGCCUAAACCCAAGGUGAUCAUCACAGAAAGGCCGCGCUCCGAAGUUCCGGCCGAACCGCCGCCUCCACCACCACCGAAAACUCCUAAGGUACCCAAAUCCUCGCCAGCGGCUGUCUGUCCAUACAAGGUGCCCAAAUGGUCAGCUCCACCAUCCGCUGGUCAAAACUACAGCUUCGAGGUGCUAAAAUCUGGCCAGAUCAUUGACACGGUGCGCCAGUUGCAGCAACAGGCAGUGUGGACCUUCGGACGUCUGCCGGAGAACGAUGUGCCCGCCGCUCAUCCCACCAUCUCUCGCUUCCACGUGGUGCUGCAGUACAAGCCAAAGUCACCGCCACAGCCAGACUUCGAUGACACGGUAGAGAAAAAGGAUGCCGAAGACCAGGAGGAUCUGCCGAAGAAUGAACAGCCGGAGGGUUGGUACAUCUACGACAUGGGGAGCACACAUGGCACCUUCUUAAACAAACAGCGCGUGCCGCCAAAGGUCUACAUUCGGAUGCGAGUGGGCCAUAUGCUGAAACUGGGCGGCAGCACCCGCGUUUACAUUCUGCAGGGACCCGGCGAGGAUGAGGAACCCGAAUCGGAGCUGUCAGUCACCGAGCUGCGCAAGAAACGAGAUAAGGAGCUGGCCGACGCUGCCCUGGAGAGGGAGCUUAAGCUUAUAGAGGCCGAGGAGCGGGAACGCAACGAGGGCGUCAGUUGGGGCAUGGGCGACGACGCCGACGAGGAGACCGAUCUCAGCCACAAUCCCUAUGCAAGCACCAACAACGAGGAGCUUUUCUUCGAUGAUCCAAAAAAAACGUUGCGCGGUUUCUUCGAGCGCGAAGGUCUUAAUCUGGAGUACAGGUGCGAUGAGCUUUCCAGCGGUUCCUUCGUUUGCCGGGUGGAGCUGCCGCUCGACGACUCCAACGGCAGGCCAAUUGUAGUGGAGGUCAACCACAAAGGAAAGAAGAAGGACUGCGUGGUGCAGUGCGCACUGGAGGCUUGUCGGACGUUAGACAGGCAUGGUGUGCUGCGACAGGCGAAUCAGGAGGCGCAAAAGAGGAAGAUUGUUAAGUCAGGAGACUCUGACGAUGAGGAUGAAUUUUGGGAUCGCACUGGGGACAUCAAGCGCAAGAAACAGCGCAAGGAGAAUGCCGGUGCCAAUGUCACCCUCACUUACGAAGAUUUGCUAAAGCAAGAAGUUGAACUCAUCCAAGAAAUGGAAAAGGUGGAGCAGGAAAUCGCAGCCUACCAGAAAAAAGAGAAAAAGUUUAAGGCACUGGCCAUUAAACAGCAAGCCGCAGGCGAUGAUCUGGAUAAUUUCAUGGACAUGCUUAACGAAGAUGUUAAGCAACUAGACAAGACCGAGAUCAAAAAGCUAAGGUUGGAGCAACAGCGUCUCAAGGGCGAGCAGCAAAGGAUCGAACGCCUCUUGAUAAUUGCCAAGCCAACGGCUCUACCCUUUUCCACAAUCAGUGCCACUGCUGCGAAACAGGCGACUGGCCAGGAAAGCGGUGCAGCAAGACGGCAACUUCCCAUGAUUGGCAAGAGAAACCAGUUCAGCAAAUUCAAGGUGGUUAAAGCCCUGCCGAGCACACAGACUAAGCCCCAAUCAAAUGCAUUUGCCUCGGACGAAGAAGAAGUGGAAGAAGAAGAACCCAGGGAAACAUUAGAGGAAAAUAAGGAGGAAAGGGGGAAAAAGGAAGCUGUGGAAAAGCAAUUGAGUCCGGACAACGAGAACUUCCAAGAAAUCAAACCGCCUGCCCAAACGGAAGUAAGCGAACCAACAAACGCUGAAACGGAAGUCUUAAAACCCGACGACGUGAUGUCAACAAAAGUUUCAACGGAAACUCCAACAGCUCCCAGCGACACUGUUGCUUCAACUUUGCCUGCAGAGCCCAUGGAAGAGACCGGCGCUCCAGCGGACGAGACUCCGGAACCGGAGGCAGAGAGCGAAAAAAAGCCACGUCCACGCCAGCGACAGCGCAACAAACAGCGCCAGGAUGUGGACAUGGACCUGGACGAGCUGGCCGAGCACGAGGACAGCGAGAAGUACGCCAAGUGGGUGCCACCAUCCAACCAGAGCGGCGAUGGCAUCACCCAUUUGAACGAGAAGUUUGGCUACUAGCCCAGCGGUAGCGUUAAACACUUGAUUAAUUCAAGUUAGAAAUACUUUUAAACUAGUCUAGACGUGUAAUUGAUGUAUUCUCUAAGACCCUCUCAAUGUAACUUUGUAAAUGUUAAA